AAAAAAACUCGUUGCAAGCAAGCAACAAACAGAAAGGGAGAGAGACCGUUGGAUCCAAAUCUCAUCAAAUAAUCUCUCUGUCUUGCAGACGAACAAGAAAUGUACGGCAAAACCAUAUGCAUCAUCGUCUUCUUCGUCUUCCUCAUUGCUUCCUACUCAAUCUACAUGGGAACCGUCGAUCCAAGACCUUACUUCUCUCAGCUUCAGUCGCCGCCACGUGGUGCCUCUCCCUGUAGCACCACCGGACGUCCUCUCCGUGUCUUCAUGUACGAUCUCCCUCGGAAGUUUAAUGUGGCGAUGAUGGAUCCUCUGAGCUCAGACGUUGAGCCUCUCACCGGCAAGAAUCUCCCUCCCUGGCCUCAGACUUCCGGGAUCAAGAGACAGCACAGCGUUGAGUAUUGGCUCAUGGCCUCGCUCCUCCACGGAGGAGAGGAAGAGAAAGAGGCGUUUAGGGUUUUUGAUCCGGAAUUGGCCGAUGCGUUCUACGUGCCAUUCUUCUCCUCGCUGAGCUUCAAUACGCACGGGAAGAACAUGACGGAUCCAGAUACUGAAAUUGACCGGCAAUUACAGGUUGAGUUAAUGGAAUACCUUGAGAACUCCAAGUAUUGGCAACGUUCAGGUGGAAGAGACCAUGUGAUUCCGAUGACACAUCCUAACGCUUUCAGAUUCUCCAGGGAACAAGUGAACGCAUCGAUCCUCAUCGUUGUUGAUUUUGGGCGUUACCCAAGAGAGAUGGCACGUCUCGAUAAAGACGUGGUUUCACCUUACGUACACGUCGUUGAGUCCUUCACAGAGGAUGGUGUUGAUACUCUGGAUCCCUUUGACUCUCGCACCACGCUUCUCUACUUCCGUGGGAACACGGUCAGGAAAGCUGAAGGUAAAAUCCGUCUCCGGUUGGAAAAGUUACUUGCUGGUAACUCUGAUGUUCACUACGAGAAAAGCGUAGCAACAACACAAAACAUCAAAGUGUCAACGGAAGGGAUGAGAUCAUCGAAAUUCUGUCUUCAUCCAGCAGGAGACACUCCAUCUUCAUGCCGCCUAUUUGAUGCCAUUGUCAGUCACUGCAUUCCAGUAAUCAUAAGCGACAAAAUCGAGCUUCCUUUUGAAGACGAAAUAGACUACUCAGAGUUCUCACUCUUUUUCUCUGUAAAAGAGGCGCUUGAACCAGGCUUCAUCCUCAACAGCCUACGCCAGUUUCCCAAGGAGAAAUGGCUGACGAUGUGGGAACAUCUGAAGAACGUAUCUCAUCACUUCGAGUUCCAGUUCCCUCCCAAGAGAGAAGACGCGGUGAACAUGUUGUGGAGACAGGUGAAACAUAAGAUCCCAGAUGUUAAGCUCGCUGUACAUAGAAACCGGAGGUUGAAAGUCCCUGAUUGGUGGGUCUGAAAAAAAGAUUGAACAAAUGACAAAAACUUUUUCUCAAGGUUUUAAAGUCUUUUCAUUCUUUCUUCUUCCCUCCAAUACUGUACAUUAGUUGAUUCUUUUUUGUUACGUUUGAGUUUCAUAAUCCAUUUAUAUAGGCAAAUGUAUACCCUAAAAACAUCAAUUUUUUUAUAACCAGAUACUUGUAUCUUUCAAGCUGCAUCUCCUUUAUUCUUCUUGUUCAAGCUCGUUUUUUCUUUACCU